AUGGCUGGCGUUAAGGCUGGGAAGGGCUCCAGAAAGGCCAAGACAAAGGCCGUUUCCCGCUUGCAGAGAGCCGGCUUGCAGUUCCCAGCGGGCCGUAUUCAUCAACACCUGAAAUCCAGGACCACCAGUCCUGGACAUGUGGGCACGACUGCCACUGUGCACAUGGUGUACAUGCAGCCACCCUGGAGUACCUCACCAGGAAAUGCAUCAAAAGACUUAAAGGUCAAGUGUGUGACUCCUCGUCACUCGCAACUUGCUACUGACGGAUUUGAAGAGUUGGAUUCUCUCAUCAAGGCUACAGCUGCUGGUGGCGGUGUCAUUCCACACAGCCACACACCUCUGACGGGGAGAACGCAUAACAGAAAACGUCUAAACGACGCCCGACUCCUUGUUCUCUCAGGACUCUAUAUGCUGAUUCCAGCGGACUGCAUCUUUGUGAAAAACACAAUUUUGCCAUUUUGUAAUUCUAUUUGA